AUGGAGGAGCAAGCGAGUCGUAGCCAAAAGGCCAUCUUGCAAAGUGUCAGAGAAGCUCCUGACGUCCUCCAGGCUGUGAUUAUCGGAGAAGAUCUGCAGAAAAUACCAGAAAUUCGGAUCAAGGAGGAACCAAGCGAUGGGCAGCUGCAGCGCUGGGAAACCCAGUGGCAGGACUUCCUGAAGAAAGUGGAGGCUUCUCAGUUAGGCUGGGCACCUCAGCUGGAGGAGCCGAUCCCCUGGGACGACGCCAAAGCCUUCUUCGCCUCCUUCGAGCAAGUGGCCCAAGCCUGCCGGUGGCCCAAGGAAGAGUGGGUGGCCCGACUCCUGCCGGCCCUCAGGGGAGAAGCCGAGCAGGCCUUUAGUGGGCUGGAGGCCAGAGACAGAGAGGAUUAUGGGAAAGUGAAGGCGGCCAUCUUGCAAAGGGACGCCAUCGGUAGAGAGAAACUGCGCCAACACUUCCGGGGCUUCUGCUACCAGGAGGCUGAAGGGCCCAGAGGAGCCUACACCCGGCUGCAGGAGCUUUGCUCCCGGUGGCUGAAGGUGGAGAGGCACACCAAGGAGCAGAUCCUGGAGCUGCUGAUCCUGGAGCAGUUCCUGACCAUCCUUCCACCGGAGAUCCAGAGCAGGGUGAGGGAGUGCGGCCCGGAGACCUGCUCCCAGGCAGUGGCCCUGGCCGAGGACUUCCUCCAGGGGCAGCAGCAGACCAAGAGAUGGGAAGUGCAGGUGAGAGUGUUUCAUCCUUAUACAAACAGCAAGCGGUGGGGACCAUUGAUGGCCUAAGGGCCACAUUCCCUUCUGGGGGGCCACAUGUUUGUUUGUAUAAGAAGCUGCAAGUCAGCUAUGAGAGAAUUGAAGGUUCCUACACAUACAACCAGACAAGCAAGAGAGAGCGUUGCAGUUCAAAGACGCAUUUCAUCCAGGAGGGAGGAAACGGAGGAGGGGGUAUGGUCUGAGAAGAGUCCUGAGGGCGAAGGUGAGAGACCUGGAGGGCCACAGGCUUGUGGGAACGUUUAUAUAAUUUAGCAGAGUUUAAACGAUCUCCUGUUUGAGUUUAUGCAGCGACAAGUGGGUUGCUAACUCGUUUGAGUCCUAUCAGUAAUUAUACUUUCCUGGUUGAUAAUCCCUUUCAGUCCCUCUUAAAGGAAACACACAUGAAUCUGAAUCAUAUUAACAUAAACUAUUGUACUAUCCAGGGAUGCGGGUGGCGCUGUGGGUUAAACCACAGAGCCUAGGGCUUGCCGAUCAGAAGGUCGGCAGUUUGAAUCCCUGCGACGGGGUGAGCUCCCGUUGCUCGGUCCCUGCUCCUGCCAACCUACCAGUUCGAAAGCACAUCAAAGUGCAAGUAGAUAAAUAGGUACCACUCCGGCAAGAAGGUAAACGGCGUUUCCGUGCACUGCUCUGGUUCGCCAGAAGCGGCUUAGUCAUGCUGGCCACAUGACCCUGAAGCUGUACGCCCGCUCCCUUGGCCAAUAAAGCGAGAUGAGCACCGCAACCCCAGAGUCGUCUGUGACUGGACUUAAUGGUCAGGGGUCCCUUUACUUAAUAUCAGAUUCAUUCAGGUUUACAGAGUUGUUCCUGAAGGCAGGCUUAGGUUACAUAACAGAUAAAACAUAUAUAGUGGUACUUCGGGUUACAGACACUUCAGGUUACAGACGCUUCAGGUUACAGACUCCGCUAACCCAGAAAUAGUACCUGUGGGUUAAGAACUUUGCUUCAGGAUGAGAACAGAAACCGUGCAGCGAUGGCACAACGCCAGCAGGAGGCCCCAUUAGCUAAAGUGAUGCUUCAGGUUAAGAACAGUUUCAGGUUAAGAAAAGACCUCCAGAACGAAUUAAGUUCUUAAUCCAGAACGAAUUAAGUUCUUAAGGCUCUGUGGUUUAGACCACAGCACUACCCGCAUCCCUUUCUGGUACUUGUACCUCAGCAUAUAUUCCUGUUUCCCUGCUCUUAAAAAAGGAUCCUUGUUUCUUUUUCAGGAGCUGGCAAAGUUUGAGGAGAUGGUGGUGUGCUCUGUAAAGACUGAACCAUCUCCCUCCAGCCCUGUGGAGGUGAAGAAAACCAAGCAAGAUCUGGGUGCUGGGGUGCUGGGUAAGCCUAAUUUCUCCUGCUCCUGGAUUCCGGGAACCACUGUGUGAAAUUUAGCUUUAAUAUUUUAAGAAGUGUCCGGACAAAACUUAACUGAAGUAUAUAGUGGAAGAUUUUCUUUUUUUAAUUGUGUUGUUUGAUCACUGAUGUGUUUGUGGCCAUGGGCUCCUUUGGGAGCGAGGUUAGAGGUGGAAUAACUAAUUUGAUGAAAGAUAAGUUGAGAGCAUUUCAGGAGUUCUGCCUAGAGUUAUAUUCAGCAGGUAACAAUUCUAUGGGGAAGAUGAAAGAAUAUAUCGAGACACACUGAGAGAUAAAGCUAGAAAGUAGAGAUAGAGAGAUUAUGGAACAACCAAUUUCAGAAAAAGAAAUAGAGAAAUUUAUAGGGAAGCUAAAAGGGGGGGAAACCCCAGGAGCAGAUGGAUUGGGAACAGAAUAAAGUAUUAAAAAAUAUAUUGAUUCCUAAAAUAAAAGUAUUAUAUAAUUCAGUAAUAGAGGGUGAAAGGAUCCUUCCAUCGUGGGAACAAUCAAUAAUUAUCUUAAUUCCAAAACCAGGAAAAGAUUUGAAGGACCCAGGAUCAUAGGCCGAUAUUCCUAAUAAAUCAAGAUGCUAAAAAAAAGUGGAAUAAAAAAUAUAUAUUCUGCGGUCAGUUCUGUUAAUUUGGUUCCCCACCACCACCUUUUUUUAUAUUCUGAAAGGCUAUGUGCAGCUGAGCAAAGGUGGAGAGAAAAUUCUGGAGUCUUCUGAGCCUGAGGCGCUCCAUGGGAGAGCAACUGUGACCGUUUCCCUGGCUGAGGAGGUGGGCAAAACAGGCAGGAGCCAACAUACCCCAAAGAGGCAGCAAAGAAACCGCCAGAGGAAUCGGGCCGGAGGAUCCGUUCCUGGGGUAGCAGACGAGGCCCUUGGCAAACGCCCCUCAAGGCCUAAAGAACAGCCCUGCGCAAUUCCAGAGGGAGGUUUCGGCAAAGACUCCAGGCUUGGCCAACUUGAAAGAACCCAAAAUGGCGGGGGACAGGUUCAGGACGCCGGGGAGAGCCCUCUUCUGAGACCUGAGAAGUCGCGCAUGUGCUCUUUCUGCGGGAAAGCCUUCUGCGAGAUCGCCCACAUGAGGGCCACACACUUUGAGAAGAAGCCCUUCCAGUGCUCGGCGUGCGCAAAGUGCUUCAGCCGCAACUCGCUGCUCCUCAAGCACGAGAGGACGCACGACGGGGAGAAGCCGUACCCCUGCUCCACGUGCGGGAAGAGCUUCGUGUACAGCUGGAACCUCAUUAAGCACAAGAAGAAGCACACGGGCGAGAAGCCCCACAAGUGCUCGGCGUGCGGGAAAACCUUCUUCGAGCGCUCGGACCUCGUGCGGCACGAGAGGACUCACACGGGAGAGAAGCCCUACAGAUGCUCCCACUGCUGGAGGCGAUUCAGCCAGCAGUGGCUCCUGAUGAAACAUGAGAAAACCCACAUGGCAUAG